AUGCCUCACAAGCGUAAGAAAGUAGCAGAAAGACUUGCCCGGCGGAGCUAUGACGAGGAUCCUAAUAAGAACAAGACAUCAGACACUCCAAAACGGUUUGAACGACUACUCGAAUUUAAAGGAAGAGUCGAACAAGGGACAAAAAGAAAGAGGCUGUCGUCGCAAGAAGAGCCUAAUAAGAAGCGUGUAAGCAAGUUUACUGUGGUCCAUAGUCUUAUGGUGACGACAAAAGAGUCUUCUGCUUACCCAUCACUUUUAUACAGGAGGGUUGAUAAUGAAAUGCAGUCGGAUAUACUUCACUCGAUAAAGAAUGCGACAUCAAACAGCAAAAGCAAACGCUAUCGAGAGAAGUUAAAACAAAAAAAGCUACAAAAAAUGGCCGAAAUAAAAGAAGAAAUUGAAGCAAAAGAUUUUGAUAAAAUCAAAGAUAACAUAAAGUUUGGCGAAGUCGUACAAUCACCACCUUCUCUAAAAAUAUUGCCAAAGGCGAGAGAGCUUAAGCAUCAGAAUAUAAUAUCUACGCCAAUCACAACUAAAAUUACUACAGAAGUACAAGUAGAUGGCGAGUGGAAGGGUCAAAAAUCACACCAAAACGUGAACGCUGCGAUAAGACGAAUGCUUGAGAAUGAAAGAGAGAAAGUAGUAGCACAUUACAGAAUGAUAAGAGAAAAACAAAGAACACCAAACGCUCCAUGA